AUGGACCCGACACAUCUCAAUCCGUUGGCCCAAGACGGGCAUGCCCGGCCCGAGGCACCCCGCGACUCGCACGAAGAAUUCCUCUCGUCCCAUCUGCCGUCGCGUCCCGCGUCGCCGGGGCCGGGGCCCGAAGGCCAAACCCGCUCGCAUCACCGCAAGCCGCGGAAGAUUGUGCUGUGCUUCGACGGCACCGGCAACAAGUUCCAUGGCGAUGACAGCGACAGCAACAUCCUCAAGAUCUUUCGUAUGCUAGACCGAACGGCCAGUGAUCAAUACCACUACUAUCAACCCGGCAUCGGCACGUAUGUCGUGUCCACUAGCCUCACGCACACGGGCACCGUCGCCCGGGUCAAGUCCUGGUACAUGAAGGCCAAGGACUCGGCCGUGGGCUCAUCGUUUGAUCAGCAUGUGGUCGGCGGGUACCGGUUCCUGAUGCGCUUCUACAACCCCGGUGAUGAAAUCUACAUCUUCGGCUUCUCUCGCGGCGCCUACAUCGCGCGCUUCCUGGCCGAGAUGCUGGACUACGUUGGACUGCUGUCGCACGGCAAUGAGGAGAUGGUCGUGUUCGCGUGGAAGGCCUUCUCUAGUUGGCAGAGUCGCCAAGGCAACACAACACCGGAGGGUGUGCAGAAAAAGAAGGAGAUGUACACCUUUAUGAAGGGCUUCCGCGAGACCUUCUCGCGACCCGUCCGGCGCAUCCGCUUCCUCGGUCUGUUCGACACGGUCAACAGCGUGCCGCGCUUCGAGACAGCCUGGAUGCAACGCAGCAAGUUCCCCUACACGGCACGGACGUCGGCCAAGGUUGUCCGCCACGCCGUCAGCAUCGACGAGCGCCGCGCCAAGUUCCGCCAGGACCUCAUGUACCAGAACAACCACCGCAAGAAGGAGGCUGCGCGGGAGCACAACGCCGUGAUGGAGAAGCUGCACGAAGUCCACCAAAAGUACCGUCGGCGGGCCAGCCUGGGGGAUGCGUCGUCCCAGUCUCACCGCGAUAAAGGCCGCGGCCGCAAAUCCAAGCUCAACAUCCCCGACGACCCGGCACCGUACCGCGCGCGCUCACACUCGGCCGCCCGCUCCCGUCGUACUCCCGUGGUCUCGGACGAGAAAUCCGAAUUCUCCAUCGCGCCGCACCCACACGGCGAGGAGUUCGACUCCGACUCGAUCAUCGAGUCCGAGGAUGAGGGCGAGCAGGAUCUGGACGAGAUUUGGUUCGCCGGCGGCCACGCCGACAUUGGCGGCGGCUGGGAAAUGCUCCCGGAGUCCAAGUCGGCCAGCCACGUGCCGCUGGUGUGGAUGAUCCACGAGGCCAUGAAAGCCGGCCUCAACUUUGACCUCGACAAGGUGCGCGAUCUCGGCUGCAUUGACGCCCUCCACGACGAGCGCGACCCGGUAGCAGCAACCGCGCAAGCAGAAAACAUAGCCGCACCAUCAGCAAGCGCCCCCGCGGCCGAGCAACGCCCGAUCCCCAACAUCAUGGUCCGCAGCCCAAGCACCAGCACGCCCAAGCUGUUCCAACGCGCGCGCGCCGGUGCUCCAGCAACCGCGAUAACUACUACCAGUAGCAGCAGCAGCACUAGCAGCAGUUCCGAUGCGACAAACCCGCCGUCCUUCCGCGAGAUGAUGCACAAGGCUCACACAGCGCUGAUCCACGACUCGCUCGAGUUUGGCGGCGGCCUUAGCUGGUCGGCCGUCGCGGCCUGGAAGGUCAUGGAAUACCUCCCCUUCCGCCGCAUGGACCUCCAAUCCGACGGCUCCUGGAAGCCCAUCCGCUGGCCCCUCCCCUGCGGCGAGGUCCGCGACAUCCCGCCCAACGCGCGCAUCCACGGCAGCGUGAUCCGCCGCAUGGAGAUGGACCCGUCAUACCGGCCGGGCAACCUGAUUGUGGGUGGUGGAGGCCGCGGUGUGCGCCGGGCACCGGAACACAAGGGGAUUGGGGAGUGGGUGUGUGUGGAGCGGGAAGGGUGUCCGAUUGGGGAGGUGUGGAUGCGGAAGGAUGUUGUGGAGGGGACGGCGGCGGAUGGGAAUGGGAAUGGGAAUGGGAAUGGGCAUGGGCAUGGGCAUGUGCAGCAGAAUGGGGUGGGUGAGAAGUAA